GCCGUUCAUAUAUCCAGGUCGACGGAAGCUUUGCUUCCUCCCACUCGCACGCCCUCAACUGCAGUGCACCUCUUCCUGCCUCUCGUCCGAUUCGACGCGGUGCCACGAUGAAUCCGUACGAGGUCAACGCCGCGCCCCCCACGACCGUUGAUCUGGAUCUGCAUUUGGAACCGGAGCUUUCAGAAGGCAAGACCGAAGUCGCCGAGCAGACCUCCCUGGACUCGGUUGAGAAGAAUGGCCUCACCCUCCCUUACUCCCCGGACGCCUUUGGCGACGAGGAGUUCGCGGAGGUCAAGUACAAGGUUCUGAAGUGGUGGCAAUGCGGCCUCCUCAUGGUGGCCGAGACGGUGUCGUUGGGGGUGCUGUCUCUACCCGCAGCCGUCGCCGGCUUAGGGCUAGUCCCUUCGGUAGUCAUCCUCGUGAGCCUGGGUGCACUGGCCACCUACACCGGCUAUGUUAUCGGCCAGUUCAAGUGGAGGUAUCCGCAGGUCUGCAACAUGGCCGAUGCGGGUGAGGUGCUCGCCGGCCGCUUUGGUCGCGAGCUGCUGGGCAACGGCCAGAUCAUCUUCCUGGUCUUCAUCAUGGCCAGCCAUCUGCUGACCUUUACCAUUGCCAUGAACGAUCUGACCAACCAUGGGACAUGCUCUAUCGUCUUUGGGGUCGUGGGCUUGGUUGUCUCUUUCGUCUGCACGAUACCGCGCACCCUGGCUAAGAUGUCGUGGCUGUCGCUGGUUUCAUUCGUCAGCAUCCUCGCAGCCGUGAUGGUCACCAUGGUCGGCGUCGGCAUUCUCAACCCUGAUAACGUGGUCGAAGCAACCGUCAAGACCAACGUCUACCACGGCUUCACAGCCGUCAGUAACAUCGUCUUCGCUUUCUCCGGACACGCCGCCUUCUUCGGCCUCGCUGCCGAACUCAAGAACCCCGCCGACUUCCCCAAAGCCCUGGUCCUACUCCAAAGCGUCGAUAUCACCCUGUACGUCGUCGCCGCCGUCGUGAUCUACUGCUACGGCGGAUCCACCGUCUCCUCGCCAGCAUUGGGAUCCGCCGGCCCGGUCGUAUCGAAAGUCGCGUACGGCAUUGCUCUUCCAACCAUCAUCAUCGCCGGCGUCAUCAACGGCCACGUUGCGUCAAAAUCCGUCUACGUCCGCCUGUUCCGUGGCACAGACCACAUGCAUAAGCGCACCUGGAAGGCUGUUGGCUCUUGGGUCGGUAUUGCACUUGGAUUGUGGAUUGUGGCGUGGAUUAUCGCGGAAGCGAUCCCGGUUUUUACGAAUUUGUUGAGUUUGAUUACAGCCCUCUUCGCCAGCUGGUUCACCUUCGGUCUCUGCGGCAUCUUCUGGCUCUUCAUGAACCGCGAGGAUGGGCGGUGGCGCUCCUCGCCGAGGAAACUCGCCUUGACGGGUUUGAAUCUGUUUGUUGUUGGAAUUGGGGGGUGUUUGUGCGGUCUAGGUCUCUACGUCUCCGGAAAAGCCAUUCACGAUAACCCGAGUAAUGCCAGUUUCUCUUGCGCGAGUAAUCUUUCUUGAGGCCCUCCGUCUCUCCGCACACUUCCCUCUCUGGCUCUGCAUGCUUGCCACUACUCUCCCUUUCUUUUCUUUUCUUUCGAUUCUAUUUUCUUCUAGUCUUGUCUUGUCUUGUCA